GAGAGCAGAGAGCUGCAAACGAGAGGAAGAGUUGGCGUUAGAGAAUGGAGGAGUCAAAGCAUUUUCUCUAAAAAAAAACAAAAAGCUAUUUCUUUUUGGGUUUGUGAUUCUGGAACCGUACUGAAGAAUGUCUGCAGAAACAGGCUCAAGGGAUAAGAUCAAUAAGAAACUCAAGCUUGCUAUUAAAAGAUCAAAGAAUUCCAAGGAUGAUGUUAAAACCCUAGAUAGUAGGAGAAAGGUUUUUCAAGGAAAUAAAGAGGUUCAAAGGACUUCUAGUGCUGGGAGAUUUAGCAAGAGAGUGAAUGGUGGUAAGGAGAGGCACCAGGUGGAGAUUGAUGAUAAGAAUAGGUUUAAAUUGGUGAACUCUGACCGGAAAAGAAAGAGAAUAUAUGCUGACCAAGAUACAGGCGUCAAUGAGGGAACAUUCCACAAAAAUGCAGGGAUACCUAAUGGGAAGACUUUAUCCUGGGAGAAACGAAAAGGAACCAUGGAAGGAAGAGUCAAUGCUGGUGGGAUAUCUAAUAGGAAAAGAUCUUUGAAAGGAGGAAGAAGCUCGGGUGAAGAUGAGUCUGAUGACAACAAAAGUAGCUCUAAAUCUGUUCGCCCGGUUAGGUUUAGAAGCAAAGUGGAGGAUGCUACAGUUGAACCUAAGCAUCCUUCUCGCAGACCUAAGGACACUAAGGUAAGUGCAAAAUUAUCCAAUGGUAAAUUGAGAAUCAAGGCAAAGACUGUUGAUAAAAUGGAAUCUCUUAAACUAGAUGGGCAUGGAGAUGGUUCACUGAAGAAACAUGCUAGAAGCAAAUCUAACCCAAGUACACACUUGUAUCGGGGUCAAAACAAACACCCAGAUGUAUCUCUUGUGAAGCCAACUAAGAGAACAGUUAAAGAUAAAAAAAGCUUGGAUGACAAUUCUGUUGCAGCAGACAAUCGACCCAAGAAAAAAAAGCGAGUAAUUCGGAUAGAUCCAUACGAUAUCACGAAUAAGCGGCUAGAUGAUGGCAUAGUUACUAAUGAGAGUACCAAGGAGAAGGACGAAGAUUUGGAGAGGAAUGUUACAAUGUCGAAAAAUGCACAGUUCCACGCAAUACAACCUAGCCCCUCUAUCCUGGCCUUCGUGGAAGAUAAUCUGUUGGGUCGUAGACGAUUGAUUGAGUUACGAAGGUCGGGCUACAACACUGAGCUUUCUGCUCCUUUGGAUAAUAUCCCCUUUUCUACAAGUUCAGAAAGAGAGCGGAUUGAAGAAUCUAUAUUUAGGAAUAAAUUGACAUUUUUUGCUGCUGCAAAUGUUUCUUCUUCAUUUCCUCCCCCCGACCUUCCAGAGAUUGCAUUUGCUGGAAGGUCAAAUGUUGGGAAAUCAUCAAUGCUAAAUGCACUUACCAGACAAUGGGGUGUUGCGCGAACGUCAGACAAGCCUGGGCUUACUCAGACCAUUAAUUUCUUCAAGCUUGGAUCUAAGCUCUCUUUAGUUGAUUUGCCUGGAUAUGGCUUUGCUUAUGCGAAAGAGGAAGUUAAAGAUUCUUGGGAGGAGCUUGUUAAAGAGUAUGUCUCCACAAGAAUUGGCCUGAAGCGAGUAUGCCUUCUUGUUGACACAAAAUGGGGUAUGAAGCCUAGGGAUCAUGAGCUCAUUGAUUUGAUGGAAAGAGCUCAAACUAAAUACCAGAUUUUGUUAACCAAGACCGAUUUGGUGUUCCCAAUUGAUGUAGCACGACGUGCGAUGCAAAUUGAAGAGAGCCUCAAGGCAAAUAAGUCUAUAGUUCAACCUUUGAUGAUGGUGAGCUCGAAAUCUGGAGCUGGUAUCCGAAGUUUAAGAACAGUACUUGCUAAGAUUGGUCGGUUCGCCAAACUAUAAGAUGCUGCUGCCCUGGACUUGGCCGAGUUUGAGGAUGCCCAGAGGGUGCAAGCGUCUCUGAUCUUCCAAGUGAAAAGCCCAGCAGAAAUGCCUUGGAAACACAUGGGAGGUGGUGACUCUAUGUAUCACUGGUUGGGUGUAUACAUCAAAAGAACUAGCCAACAAAGGGAGUUCACAUGGAUUGCAGAAGUUGGUUUUUAUUUGUCCAAUAAUUUCUUGCUUCCUGAUUUUGGAUUUCAAUCCUCAGUUUUUAUCUCAGGAGUCGACUCCAAGAAAGGAAAAAUUUACGGUAACGUUUUAAUCUAGGCUGCUCUCAAGUGUAAGCUGAAAUCUGCGCUAUUGAAUGAAAGUAUAAACAUAUAGGAUAGGGUCUAAACAAAUGAAACUAUGAUAUAAAAGAUUGCUAUUAAGGUAUAAAGCAAUGAGAUAUGGGAUUGGGUCUAGGAUUGUUGGGUACACGUGACAUAACUUGAUAUAUAUGAUUGAAAAGAUAACCCAUUUGGUUG